AUGUAAAAACAUCCUAUUCACCAUCGAUCUUAAUAAUAAAAUUCAUCAGAUACAAAAAUUCAGAUUUUGUAUUAAUGUGUUGUUGAAAGAAAGCACUUUUUUCUAAAUAGGAAAUAUUAUUUGUAAUUAACUAACCAAUGUUUAACACUUUGCGAAGUAAGAAUACUAUCUAAUCCAAUAGAAACAAACUCAAUAGAAUCCUAAAUAUAGAUAUGCACUUAAUUUAGAUAAAGUAUUCUUUUGGAUAGUUAAAGAUAACAAAAUUAUUGGAUUUUAACUUCCAUAUUAAGGACAAAUUAAAGAAUUUUUUGGAAACGCUAAUGAAAUUUUGAAUUUGAAGAUUAAAAUGGGAUUAUUGGUUUGUUAUGAGAAAAUAGAUAAGUUUUAUAAGAAAGAAGAGAUUAUUUAAUAAGGCUCAUUUGGAUAGGUUUACUUUAAAAUUAUUAUUUAGGUUACAAAAGAAAUUUGUCGAUUUACAUAGAAAUUAGUGGCUAUAAAAUGCAUUUAAGUUGAGAACAAUCAAAGUCCAACAAUAAAAAAUGAAAUCGACAUUUUAAAAAAACUAAAAGAUUCUUAGAAUAUUUUAGAGAUAUAAGAAAUAUAUAAGGAUGAUCACAAUUAUUAUAUUGUAACAGAAUAUAUUCCUGGUUCCAAUCUCAAAUAAAUUCUAGAAUAUAAAUAAAAGCCCUUUUCAUUAUAAGAAUCUUUAAAUAUAAUGGAAGUAAUAAAGAUUUAAAUUUAUUAGUAAAUUUUAACGGGAUUAUAAACUAUUCAUGCAGCUGGAAUUAUACAUCGAGAUCUUAAACCAGCCAAUUUAAUGUAUCAUAAUAACUAAAUAAAAAUUAUUGAUUUUGGUUUGGCAUGUUUAAAUGGUAAUUAACUUGAAUAAUAUCCAACAUGUGGUACUGCUGGAUUCUCUGCUCCUGAAGUACUUAAUGCUUGGANUUAGACCCUUAUAUAAAAAUUAUUUAUUAAAAAAACAUAUAAGCCUUUAAGGUGA